AUGGCUUCUCCCAGGUUAAAAAAGACCUCUGUGAACCCACCCCACCAAGUUUUUGGAUAUAAAAACGACGACGACGCCAGAACCGCCGUGAGAGCUACGCGCUUUGUGAGUACACGACGACAAACCCGUCCCUCUUAUCGUUCAGCAAGUUCUCCCUCACGACUGGACGGGUUGGAAGACUCGAAACCUUUCUCAUCAGCUCACGAGAGGCGUACUGCUUCACUAGCCAACGACACCGUUUCUUCUUCACAAUCGUCAUUGAAACAAACGUGGAUACACGGCAAAUCCUCUGCCAUGAUGCACUCUGGGCUACGAAAUGACCGCUUUAUCCCUGGGUUCAGCCCCAAGCUUGACAAAGAACGAUCUAUGAAGCCUAAGGGCAAUAUCAGGUCGCAUCUCAAGAGGUCCAAUCAUAACGACUCAGCAUCUAUCAAUCUUGACCGGUCUACCCUUGAGAACGAAGGGCUAGGGAUCUAUACGAAUCUCGAACGAGAUCGGAGGUAUGGAGAUAUUGCUACGUCUCGAAGAGCCGGGUCCACCUCCCACAAUAGAUCUACAAGUGGAACAUCACAAUUUUCUGCCACGACCGCAUCUAGCACACUUAAACCGGGAUUGCAAUACGUUCAUCCUAUGCGCCAGACCCCUCGUCCCUAUACGCCACCCAUAAGCCAGUCCUAUCAAAAUUCGGUCGUUGAAAGUGAGCAAUCUACAGAUGUUGGCCAGUUCAGUGCAGAUUUGGAUGAUGCUGCAUCCUCCAACCGAGACGUUUUCGCGCAGCCAUCGGAACCCCAGCCUUAUCGGAUUCAUCCUAGCUCGUUUACAAAUAUUUCUUCCUCAGUUCUGUCAAACCAUGCUCGGGAGAGCUAUGAGGCCCCUUCGCCCCUAUCAAGAAGCUCUCUCGACUUUACCUUCCGUUCAAGGACCCGCACCAAUACGGAUCCAUCAGCUAGAGCAGCCGCAGUCGAGGCUGCUCGACAAGCCUUUGAGGAUAAAGAGGCCGCCAAACAGCGCAAGCUGGACAAGCAAAAUAUGAAGGCCCAGGACCGUGAACUUCGACGGCAGGAGAAAAAGGAGCAUCAAUUGUCACUAUCAACCGCCACUUCCUCCCUGGGUAGGCGUUCCCAUGAGAAACGAAAUUCCUCUGAAGGUCGCUGUUCAGGACGCAAGCCUAUGAGUGAGAAGCGCGAUAAUGCGACUGGCGAUUAUGCCUUUACACAUAACAACCCCAGCCGCACAUUUGAAAGCCCGAAGAGUGCCUGGGUUCUAUUUAUAACCUGGCUGCGAACAAAGCUGUUCAAAAUGAGCAGGAAAUUGAGCAUGAAGAAGAAGAAGAAAAAGGCAUGACUUUGUUUGGUUUCAUGACAACUUUGAAAUUUAUUGCUACCUAUACCUAUAACGACCAUUGAUGAAGCGGCCCGGCGUUUCUCUCUACGUGUUCUGUUUAUUUUUAUUUUAUUUUUAUUUUUUUCGGCUGCUCUCUUUACAUUGCGAAGUUCGGCGGGAUCCGCGACCAGGGCAAUUACUAUAUACAUACAUAUAUAUACAUAUAUAUAACGCCCUCGUUCUAUGCACAGCAGCGAGCAAAUCGCAGCUGUACGCGAUUCUAGCUGUGAACCUUGGUACGGCGUUCUUCAGGCGUUCAAACUAGACGUGACCUAUUUUUUUGGUCCCCUUCUUCAUUCUCCUUUUCUUCUUGCGAGGAUGGACAGGUUCCUUCAUUACUUUUCUGUCGGACUUCUGCAUUUGUUCCUUUUACAGCCUUCUUGUCAUUUUCUGGAGGAAAUGGUUGUGGGUUACCAAUUGGGUUUAUUUAUUUGAUUUUUACCUUGAUAGCCUUUGUUGUUCCCCCUCCUCUCUAGCAACAAACAUAUUUUUCUUGGGCGUUUUAGUUGGAUCAAGCGAUGGGAAACAGUAACAUCAUUAUCCGGUUUUGUUUCAG